AUGGAAUUCCGACAUUCUAUGGGAGUCCGUCGGAGUCCGCCGGAACUCAUGGGGGAGGGUAAAGUACUGGGACGAGCAAAGGGAAGCGCUUGUGAACGAUGCCGGGCGAAGAAAAUUGGCUGUAGCUUUGUGGACACCCCCGGCACCUCUGGGAAUCGACUCACCUCCAAUCCCAUGCCCAAAAAGUCCACCUCGAAGAAGACUUGCGAGCGGGAGUUAUCAGUCCCCAUCGUCCUCCUCCCACCUGUCAAAGCUCUGCCGAAGGCUGCUGCAGCGACUGCUGGCAAAGCACCCCCAGCGAAGGAAACUCGUCCUCAACCUCGGGCAACCAAGGCUUCCGCAAAACCUCCCCCUGCCAAGACCGAUGCCGCGAAUCUGAUCCCCGCGGACAAAACCACCGUCUACGCCAACAAGCGGUACACUGGACCCAACCAGAUCCCUGAGAAGUCCUUGGUGGAUGUGAUCGUUCCAGCUGCCAAAGACGAUCAGGGGGUCGCUCUCCGAGUUACACGGGCAUCAACACGGCAGUCCAUGGAGGCCGACGUCAUUGUCAUGGAGCAGAAGUCGAGGGACACGAGUGUACGACCAGGUCAUGCUGGAGAAACUCCCAAAAAAGGUCCGGACGACGCAGCCGCGGGAUAUUCAACCCCAUCCAACGACAUGCAACGUCACUCCCCCUCCUUCGAUGGACUCCUGCCCUCUAUCAAUGAGGGCCAAUAUAUCUACAACUCCGUCGACGGGUCUCCAGUCGACCAGGCAAAAGCAGCCAUAGAUGUAGUCCUAGCCCUACGAGGGGGCAAAAAUUUGGUUUUUUUGGGUGAAAUAUCAAUAUCUGGCAUCAGAUAUGAUAGAAAAAUCAAAAAUGGCUUCCUAAUGUUUGAAAUCUGUUCUAUUUUUGGAUCCAGCAUAAAUGGUACAUCCUGGAUCAAUAUUGAUGACUGUGUUACAGCUACUCAGAGUUACCAAGUGAUGUAG